UAUCGAAAUGAGUUUCCUUGCUUGUUGUUAAUUUCUCUUAUGACCGUAUUGACAGUAUUGUUAUUUUUACAUAUUAUUGCACGUCUUAGUUUAAAGAAAAUCAAUGGUGUCAUUCUAAAUGGAAAAAGAAUAAUCCCGAGACAAACAUGAGCAUGUACAACAGCUCAUCAGAGGACUCAGACAGCAAAUAUCUGAAUGAGAACAUUUUACCAGUAGACCUGCAGUCAAAAAAUGUCAUCCAGCAACCUUUCAGUUUACCCCUUCAUACAGCCAAUGGACAACUGAAAUCUCUAGCUGGAACCAGCUAUUCAAAUGGUACUAUACAACCAGAGCCAUAUGUUGUUAUCUCUGAGCAACCCCAGCAGAGGGGCUUCAGGUUCAGGUAUGAAUGUGAAGGGCCCAGUCAUGGUGGGCUUCAAGGUACCAAAAGUGAGAGAAGUCGAAAAUCAUACCCAUCUAUUAAAAUAGAAAACUACACUGGUGCUGCCAGAGUUGUUGUCAGCCUAGUCACAGAUGAAAAAACACCAAGGUCCCAUGCGCACAAACUGGUGGGAACCAGCUGCACUAAUGGCUUAUGUACUGUGGAGAUCAAAUCAAACGUCGAUUGUAUAAGUUUUCCCAACCUUUGCAUUCUUCAUGUGACGAGAAAACGUUUGGUCGAUGUUUUGACAGAGAGGAAUAUUGACUCAAUCAUCCUUAACAAAAAGGUGCAGGCCAACAACAUGAACGUGGAUCCACCAAUCACAGAUGAGGACAAACGCAUUGCCAGGCAACAGGCAGAGGAGCAGUCUAAAACAAUGCAGCUAAAUGUUGUCCGGUUAUGUUUCCAAGUUUUCCUCCGCAACCCUGACGGAUCUCUGGGCAAACUGUUGCCCCCAGUUGUGUCCCAUCCCAUCUAUGACAGCAAAUCCCCUGGAGCUUCAGCACUAAAGAUUUGUCGCAUGGAUAAGUAUGGAGGCUGCUGUUCAGGAAAUGAAGAAGUUUUUUUAUUGUGUGAAAAGGUUCAGAAAGAUGACAUCCAAGUGAGGUUUGUGGAACAAAACCCAGAUGGCAGCGUUAAAUGGGAGGCGUUUGGUAACUUUGGUCCUCUUGAUGUCCACAGACAGUACGCCAUUGUGUUCAAAACUCCAGCCUACUGGAACACCAUGAUUGACAAGGCUGUCAAUGUUCUCAUCAUGCUGCAGCGCAAGUCUGACCAGGAGGUCAGUGAACCCAAGGCCUUCACCUACUUCCCUCAAAACAGAGACAAAGACAACAUUGCGAGCAAGAAAAGGAAGCGUAUUCCACUUGACGGCUACGACUUUGGUGGAGAUGGUAGCCAAGGCGGCUCUGGCAUGGGUGACGGUGGACUUGGUGGAAUGGGCCACAAUGGUGGAAAUGGUGGUGUGGGAAUGUGCAAUGGCCCUGGGAGUGGUGGUGGAGGUGGUGGCAAUAUGAUAGGAUCAAAUGAGAUGGUCAUGCAUAACUAUAUUUCUAUCCCAACAAUGGUGGAAGAAGCUGCCAGGGAGGAGUUUGAAAGGAAUAACAGAGUACUGGAUAGCCAGGUUUUGAGGGCAAGGCUGGAUAGGAAGAGAGAUAACUCCAGCUCCAUGUCCAGUGAUAACGACCCUUGGUUCUCAACUGAUGAUGGGGAUAUAGAAGUUGAUGCAGCCAUCAUGCCCACUUCCCCUGCCACCUCCAAGAUGUAUGAACACAAUGAAACAUUGAAGAAAGAAAAACUGAAAUCUCCAUUAGCAAAAGAGUACCACACAUCUCCAGCUAGGCCUUCAGAACAAUCCCAGUCAAACAAAGAUGACAAAACAUCUCCAAGAAAAUCCCCAUCAAAUAAAGAUGACAAAACAUCUCCAGGAAAAUCCUCAUCUAACAAAGAAGAGAAAACAAGGUCCCCCCAAGAUGUUAUACUGGAAUGGGUGGACUCUGGUGUAGACCCUGGCUCAGGAGGAAAAUCUCUGAUCUCGCUGGAGGAGAAAAAGAUGGUGAGCUCACACAGGGUCAAACAUUCCAACACUGAAAUCUCUAUCAAGGAGGAGAGCGAGGACGGGGGCCAGAGGAAGUCUCUGUCAUCCUCAGACGAGCACCUGGAGCCGGAUGUAAAGAUGGACGUCAAUUCUGAAGGUGUCAGGAGUGACGAGGGUUUCUCUGAAACAUCUGAGGAGGCGGGGCUUAAAGGUCAGCAGAUGUCACCUAAUAAAGUAGUGCCUGGAUCAGUGCCGUCCAAUCAGUCGUCAGAAACUUCUACCACCCAUUGCCAGCAGCUGACUGAAAAAGUGCGUCAGGUGACUGGUCGUGUCGCAGAGAGAACUCUAGCAGCGUUGACUGACUUUGCUGAAACUGGGGACAUCAGACAUCUUUUACUGGUGCAGCGCCAUCUGUUGGCUGUUAGCAACAAAAAUGGGGAUCUGUCUCUACACCUGACUGUCAUUAACUCACAAACGGAAGCUUUGAAAGGAUUGUUGGAUGUUAUGUGUACACUCCCUGAAUCUAAACGCCACAUCAACUCACUCAACUUACUGCGCCAGACCCCCUUACACCUGGCCUCAGUGAUGAACCAGGAGGGGAUGGUUGAGUUGUUGCUGCACGCUGGCGCUGACCCAACCAUCGCUGACCGCAACGGCAACACCCCAGCUCACCUGGCUGUUUUAAACAACGCAGAAAAAUGCCUGAAAAUUCUGGUCAAGUAUCUGAGACCUGGGCAAAGUCAGUUCAACCCUUUCCCAGAGUUGAAUUACCUCAAUUAUGAUGGCUACUCCCCCGUCCACCUGGCCGCCAUGGCAGGAAGUGUUGACAUGCUGCAGCUGCUGGUGUUUGCCCAGGCUCUGGUGGACCUGCCUGAUGGCAAGUCUGGCAAGACAGCCCUGCACCACGCUGUGGACAAUGGUGAUCUGCCUGUGGCCAGCUACUUGUUGUUGGAGGCCCAAGCUGACGUCAACGCCAGGUGUUUUGAUGGGAACACAGCGCUGCACAUAGCAUGUGCACGGCAGCUGGUGGGGAUGGUGGCGCUGCUUGUCACAGCCGGGGCCGACCUGAACUGCGAGAAUGAGGAGAUUCCUGACCCAGAUUUGGGAGGAGAAGAAAACUCUUGCAUCAACCGCAGGGGCUUGAGGCCUGUGGAUUACGCUGAUGAUAAUGAACAGAUCCUUCGCAUUUUGUUUGGUGAGGCCAACGCAGCAAAUCAACCUCCAUCAGAUGACAGUGAUGAAUUGACAUCACGUCUGUCUAUGAUGUCAGUUGGGUUGACAUCUGAUUGGCUUACAAGUCUCCCAGGGAAGACAAUCAAUGACAGUGGACUAGAGAGUUAUCUCCCUUCUUCAGCUCACCGAGGCGUGUCAGAGCUGUGUACAAAAACCAGAAUGGACCUCUCACGUCUGCUGGACCCUCCACAGAGGGACAAAGACGUCAUCGCUCUGGCAGAGAAACUCGGCUUCUCCAACUUGACUACCAGCCUGGUUGCAAUGAGGUCCAGUCACACCAGCCCAACUGAUUUUUUGCUGGAAUAUUUUGAGACUGUAGACGGGAACCUGAAUAAAUUAAAAGAAGGCCUGUGCUCCAUAGGCAGGGAGGAUGUAGCCUCUCUCAUACAGUGACACACUGACACGUAACGUCUUCAUCAGUCAGGACUGACAGGAUACCACAUAACUGGGGUUCAAGGUCAGGAUUGAUCUCAUAUACCAGUCAACUGAUUGUCAAUUUAUUAAAAAAAGAUGUCCUGAUACAUUGUUUGAAACUCUCAUGCUUGUUAGUUAUAAAUAAGAUUUGUAAAUUGUUUACUAAUUCGGUCCUAUAUAAUUAUUGUGAUAAUGGGUAACGGUGUGUUGUUGAAUGUUAGAAUUGGAUUUUUAAAAAUAAUAAGUAAUUUGAUCCUAUUUUUUUUUUAAACUAAUAUUUUUUGCUUUUUAAAUUUGAUCUGAUGAGAUUGUCUGAUCAGACAAUCAGAAUGUCUGUCCAUUGACAAGGCAGACAAUAUGUCUGUCCAUUGACAAGGCAAACAAUACGUCUGUCCAUUGACAAGGCAAACAAUAUGUCUGUCCAUUGACAAGGCAAACAAUACGUCUGUCCAUUGACAAGGCAAACAAUAUGUCUGUCCAUUGACAAGGCAAACAAUAUGUCUGUCCAUUGUUAAGUCAAACAGAAUGUCAGUCCAUUGUUAAGUCAAACAGAAUGUCAGUCCAUUGGCAAGGCAAACAAUGUCAGUCCAUUGGCAAGGCAAACAGAAUGCCUGUACACUAUAAGGCCAAAAAAAUGUCUGUCCAUUAAUAAGGCAAAGAGAAUGUCUCUAAAUUGUCUGAUAUAACAAUUAAAAUGUCUGUAUAAGACAUGGUGAAAUUGCUUCAUGUAUGGAUGUGCAGUGAUGUUUUAUUUAACUGUUUAAAUGUUUAGAGAACUGUAUGUUUGUUUACAAUUAUUUGUAAACUGUUUAAAAACUUUGAUACUAGAUGUGAUAAACUUCAAACUAUGACAAUAAACUUUGAAAAACAUGGCAGCAGCCUCGUUGUAUAAACUAUUUUCACCAGUGUGAAAUUUGAGAAUUUGUUUCUUGUAAAAACUUUUCCAGUUUUUUAAACAAUUUUUUUAACAUCCAGAAACUCCACAACCAUCACGUUUUUUUAUUUAAAAAAAACAGCUUUCACAAAUAUAAAAUCAUAAUUAGAUUGACAAUCUGUGUAAUAUGUUCAUUUGUCUCAUGUGACCUAAGUAUAUUCAUUUUGUCUUCAUCUAGGAAUAAUCAGAAUGGAAGUAUUAAUUUUACUCCAUGUUUACAAUAUUUUUUUACACCCUUUUUUUUCUUGUGGAUCAAAUUGUAGCUGAAGUAAGCUAAUACUCAUUAACGGCUAAAGAUUUAUGAACUGUAUGUUAGCUUAUGGCUGAUGAUUUAUGAGCUGUUUAUUAGCUAAUGGGUGAUAACUUUCUUUAUGUGUGUGUUCACUUAACGACACAUUCCUUGUUUUCAGGUUAAACACAAAGGUUUAACUGCCUUACGAUGUGCUUCAGCUAAACAUUUCACAUCAUCUGUGUUCUGCUCUCGCCGUUGUCAUGGCAACUGUGUAAUGUACAUAAUGCUUGUUUAACCAUUGCCAUGUUAGCUUACCAAGCUACUGUUUAUAUUUUUAUGUUUUAAAAAAAAAAUGUGUUGAAUUCUACAUAUGUACAGCCUGUAUGUAAUAACUGUUGUUUCGGUACAUUUUUCAUUGAUUAUCACAUAUUUUACCAGAUGAUUGUUGUCAUGGUAACCCUUGCAUAAAAAUAACAAAUUUUUUUUUUACCUGAUGAUGGUAAAAACACUUAUUUUAUUAUUUGAAGAUUGUUAGCGUGUUAACUUUUGGGAAAGGAAACAUAUUUAUCCUGCACUCUUGCUGUGUGAAAGUUGAGUAGAGAAACACCUGUUGUACCUAAUGACUAUAAAGCCACUUGUUAAAGCACUAUCACUUUUUUAAAAUAAACAUUGAAGGAAGCUGCAGCUUCAUGAUUUA